ACGAUCAGUUCACGGUUUCAUCAUCUCUGAACAAACCCUAGUAAAAUUGUUUCGUUACCCCAAACUGACACAGGUGAAAUUGUGGCAAUUUGACAUCAAAUUGCAAUCGGAGCAAAUCCGAGUUGAAUUGGGUUUACUUCCAGUUCCACCAUUCGCACGAUGUCCAGCUGAAGUGAAAAUUUUCGCAGAUAAAGACGGCGAUAUGUGAAGAGGAAAGAGAUUUGAAGCCAUGGAUUUGUACUCGCGGUUUCGACGCAGUCUUUCAAGACCCAAGAAGACGACGACUAGGCCGUCCGACGGUGACGCCCAACGCCAGGAACAAGAAGAAGAAGAAGAAGAAACAAUGUUUGGAAUCACGGAGCCGUUAAUCGAUUUCAUUAAGACAUUCGCUAUCGACACCUUCAAAAACUUUCCCGUUCCUGAUGAAGAGAGAGGUGAUUGUGGCGAAGAGACUGGGGCCAGUGCUGGGAAUGUUCGGAAGGAUCUGUCUGAAUGGCAAGAACGGCAUGCUACUCUUGUGCUAUCCAAAUCAAAGGAAAUGUCACAACUUAGGUUUAAGCUGUGCCCUCGUCAUCUCAAGGAAUGGAUGUUCUGGAGAAUAUACUUUACACUUGUCAAAAAUUAUAUUGCUGAAUAUGAGUUGCGCGCCAUACAGUUGGCAAAACUUAGACAGAUGACGGCUGAGAAUGAGAAGUGUCCUGAUACGAGUGGGUAUGAAGUGGAAAUGUCAGAGACAAAGCAGAAGCCAAAUUUGCAGUGCCCUCUUCAAAACACAACUUAAGAAGUGAGUGAGAAUGAAUGAGCACAGUUCUAUUUAGGAGUUCUGUUUCUCGCUUACCAACAUUCGCCUUAAAGAUGGAGAGGGCAGCUUGCAACUUGGCUUCUGGGGUGAAUGUUUGGGGACCUACUAUUGACACCCUAAAUGUUCAUAUUUGACCUUUCAAUCCCUGUGAGGUGCUAAAAUUACGAUUCUAGCUGCUUCAGGUACUGUAUGCAAACCAGAUUUUGAUAAUUUGAUACAAUUGAUGCGUUACAGUAUAAUUUUCA